AUGGCGCCCGAUCUGAUUUCGCCGGUGUAUCUGCAUUCAAUCAACCCGUCCGACUUCCCCGCGCAUCGCUUGCGUCUCAAGGAAGGGAUCCCUGUAGUUCUUCGCAAUCUGGACCCAGACGCUGGCCUCUGCAACGGUACUUGCCUUAUCGUCUUGCACGCAAGAUCGCAAGUCAUUCCAGCCAUCAUCUUGACCGGAGAUUGAGCGGGCAUCCGAAUGCAACUAGCAGUCGCCAACUUGGUUUCAUUAUGCGCCGGCUCCACCCCCGCUUCGAGUUGCUUUGGCCACGACGAUCAACAAAGUCCUAGGUCAAUCACUCGAUUGUGUUGGCGUCGAUCUCACCCUGCAUCCCGUCUUCACUCAUGGGCAGCUGGAUGUGUCAUUGUCUCGAGCCAUGAGUGUUGAUCGAAUCAAGGUGCUACUGCCCUCUCGCGACCCCGCCGAUGAUGACGACGACUUACCUGCCGUCGAUCGAGCGGCAGCCGCAACCACCGCGACCCCAAAACCAGUAUUCUGCUCUGUUCUCAGGGCAAUGAACGGAGAAUAG